CCCAGGUUCAAGGCAUCCACUCAGCCUUCCAGCCCAGGUCUGGAGCUUCCCGCCGCUGUCGUUGCCUCUGCUCCAGGCAAGCUCCUGCAAACGCGUCGACAUCCAAGAGCUCCGCCAGAGCUCAACCCCGACUUCAUUGACGACAUCCACCUCCACCUUUCACCCAUCAACGACUCGUUCGAGGAACUGACGGCCGGCCACGAUUUUCUUCAACGUAAUUUGAUCAACACAACCACAACAAUACCGCCAAGAUGUCGGGUGGCUCAGCUUACGACCGACACAUCACGAUCUUCUCCGAGCAGGGAAGAUUGUACCAAGUCGAGUAUGCCUUUAAGGCAAUCACAGCCGCCAACAUCAUGUCGAUAGGUGUCAGAGGCAAGGACUGCGCCGUUGUCCUGUCUCAGAAGAAGGUCCCUGAUAAACUCAUCGACCCCGCCUCCGUCUCCCAUCUCUUCCAGCUCUCUCCAUCUGUUGGAUGUGUGAUCACGGGUUCCAUCGCCGAUGCCCGCGCCUUCUCCCAGCGUGCCCAGGGCGAGGCAGCAGAGUUCCGCUACAAGUACGGCUACGAAAUGCCCGCCGAUGCCUUGGCAAAGAGGCUGGCCAACAUCAGCCAGGUCUACACACAAAGAGCCUACAUGCGCCCGUAUGGUGUUGCGACGACGCUCAUCUCAUUGGACUCUGAGUUCGGACCUCAGCUGUUCAAGUGCGAUCCCGCCGGAUACUACAUUGGCUACAAGGGUACUGCGGCCGGUCCCAAGCAACAGGAGGCUCUUAACCACCUCGAGAAGAAGCUGCGCAACAAGGAGCACGCCCCCGGCGACUGGACGGAAGUUGUUGAGCUCGCCAUUACGACGCUCAGCACUGUCCUGAGCAUGGACUUCAAGAAGGGCGAGAUCGAGAUUGGCAUUGUUGGGGGACCUCGUGCGGACGGCAAGGAGGGCACCGAUCCCGGCUUCCGCAUCCUGACCGAAGAUGAGAUCGACGAGCGGUUACAGGCGAUUGCGGAGAAGGACUGAGGUGGAAGAAACACAUUCCGGCCGGUGGAAGCUGAGAAUGGUUGGUGCGGCGGAUGCUCAGUCCAAAGUGACACUGAUGCGUCGACAGGCCAGAUCACGCAUGAAGUUUGCGGGAUGUUGCAGAUGAGAAUCAAGCUUAAAGUCCCG